AGGAUGCACUCGUGAGGACUAAAAACUACGCUCAGCCAUUCCUGGAUCAUGCAGAUUCUGCCGCUUAGGACGUUAUUUGUGUUGCUUGUCCAAACACAUGUGUUGUUAUGCCUAAAAAAUAAUGCAGAAGUUCGUAGUGAGGAGGAGAGCCGCGGCAGCGCGCACUCCGCCAGGAGUUUCCACGGGUCGCUCCGGGAGAAUCAUCCAAACAAAGCCCGGGACCGCGCACUCUCCCCGGGUUACGCCACAGGUGCGUCUCCAGUUAUCAGAGGCGCCCUGAACUCCACCAACCCUUGGAAGAGGGUAAUUGCUGGAGAAACGAGGCGAGUCGGACACAACAAACGCGACUUGAAUAAGAGUGUGACACCCAUGGAGGAUCCCAGCGGCGUCUCACACUGGGACGCGACGCGCCAUCAUAAUAAGAGGAUAAAGUUGAAUGGAGGUCUUAGAAGUACGGGGACGCCAGCAGGUGGACACUACAAUGUGGCUAAGCCCUCUUCAAUGGACGGAGGAGGGGGACCAGAGGAGGGCGACAAGCACAUGAAAGGCACAAAAGAGGAGCAGAGAAAAGCCUGGAGGAGGGGGGGAAACGGCCAGAACAAAAGCCCAGUUAUGGCCCAGGCUCACGUGUCGCCGUGGGAACCCAUCCCCAAGCCGGUAGCCCUCACCUCAACCGACUUGCCCUUUGACCUUUUCACUAGGAGGCCCGAGUUUUUUACUUUCAAAGAGGAGAACCCUUGGGACGCCACGCCGAUCACCCCUCCCGGCUCGCAGGAUUUCGGGGGCGAGAUCAAGAACCCUUUUUACCCGGUGACAAGCGAGACCUUUGGGGCUUACGCCAUCACCGGCGUGUCCGGCGUCAUUUUCCUGGUGGGCAUCGCCGGCAACAUUGCCAUCCUGUGCAUCGUGUGCCAGAACUACUACAUGAAGAGCAUCUCCAACUCCCUGCUGGCCAAUUUAGCUGUUUGGGAUUUCGUGCUCAUCUUCUUCUGCCUGCCCAUGGUGGUUUUCCAUGAACUGACAAAGUCAUGGCUGCUGGGGGAGUUCACCUGCAAAGUGGUGCCCUAUGUGGAGGUGGCCUCCCUGGGUGUGACCACCUUCACCCUGUGCGCUCUGUGCAUCGACCGCUUCCGUGCUGCCACCAACGUCCAGAUGUACUAUGAGAUGAUAGAAAACUGCACUUCUACGACCGCCAAGCUGGCCGUCAUCUGGAUCGGCGCCCUGCUCCUGGCCCUCCCGGAGCUUCUGAUUCGGCAGCUGGUGACGGAGGACGCGGGGCUCCUGGACGAGCCUCCGGUGGAGCGCUGCAUCAUCAGGAUAUCCACCUCGCUGCCCGACAUGCUCUACGUGCUGGGCCUGACCUACGAGGGGGCCCGGCUGUGGUGGUGUUUCGGCUGCUACUUCUGCCUGCCCACCCUCUUCACCAUCGGCUGCUCGCUGGUGACGGCCCGCAAGAUCCGGCACGCCGAGCAGGCCAGCGUGCGCAGCAACAAGAAGCAGAUCCGGCUGGAGAGCCAGAUGAACUGCACGGUGGUGGCGCUGGCCAUCGUCUACGGCGCCUGCGUGGUGCCCGAGAACAUCUGCAACAUAGUGUCGGCGUACAUGGCCGCCGGCGUGCCCGAGCGCACCAUGGCGGUGCUGCACCUGCUGUCGCAGCUGCUGCUGUUCUGCCGGGCGGCCGUGACGCCGGCGCUGCUGCUGCUGCUGUGCCGCCCGCUGGGCCGCGCCUUCCUGGACUGCUGCUGCUGCUGCUGCUGCACCCACGCCCCCCCCUCCUCCGCCACCGCCAGCGACGACAACGAGCACGAGUGCACCACCGAGCUGGAGCUGUCGCCCUUCAGCACCAUCCGCAGGGAGCUGAGCAACUACACGCCCGCCGGCUCCAACUGCUGA